UGUUUGGGUGCAGCAGCUGUAAAGAUGGCUGCAGAUGCAGGGAGGUACAGGAGUGCAAUGAGCAAAAGCAAAGACCCUUCGGGGUUACUCAUCUCUGUGAUCAGAACACUGUCUGCCAGUGCCGAUGUUCAUGACAGGGAGGUAGAGAAGAGCCGUUUGGAGGAAGCCUAUGAGAAAUGUGACCGGGACUUGGAUGAUCAGAUUGUGCAGCAUUACACUGAGCUGACCACUGCCAUCCGCACAUACCAGAGCAUCACAGAGCGCAUCACCAACUCCCGCAAUAAAAUCAAACAGGUGAAAGAGAACCUGCUGUCUUGUAAGAUGCUCCUGCAUUGUAAGCGCGACGAGCUGCGGAAGCUUUGGAUCGAGGGGAUUGAACACAAGCACGUCCUUAAUCUGCUGGAUGAGAUCGAGAAUAUUAAACGGGUGCCUCAGAAGCUGGAACACUGCAUGUCAAGCAAACACUACCUUCAUGCCACCGAUAUGCUGGUCUCUGCAGUGAACUCUUUAGAAGGCCCUCUCCUUCAGGUAGAGGGUCUCAGUGACCUGCGACUAGAACUCCACAUGAAGAAGCUAAAAAUGCACAUGGUGCUCAUUGAUGAACUACACAGGCAUUUGUAUAUCAAAUCGACAAGCCGUGUUGGAAAUAAGAAUAAGGAAAAGGGCAGGGUGAGCUUGUCUACAAAGGACACCUCUCCAAUUCCUCUGAUUGAUGUCUCCAACUUGUCAACCCCCCGGAAGUUCCUGGAUGCCUCACAGUACAACACUCCUGGCUCUGUGAGCGUUCGAGAGAUAAGUCUGCAGGAGAUCAAGGAAGACCUAGAUGUGGACCCCGAGGAGAACAGUGCUGUGUUCAUGGGCGUCCUCAUCAAGGGCCUGGCCAAACUCAAGAAGAUCCCAGAGACGAUCAAGGCAAUCAUAGAUCGCCUCGAGCCAGAGCUGAAGCAGAUUGUCAAAAGGUCCACCACACAGAUAGCAGACAAAGCCUACCAAAGGGGAGAAAGUCUGUCUCAGGAGAAUCAGCCCAGGUUGUUGCUGGAGUUGUUGGAAUUGCUGUUUGACAAAUUCAAUGCAGUUGCUGCAGCACACAGCAUAGUCCUGGGACAUCUUCACCAGAUCGUAGUUUCCCCGUCUGGCCCUAAAGAGGGAGUGAUCAAGCUGUACGAUAUGGCCGACGUAUCGGCCAAAAUACAGAGUGUGUUGCAGGUUCUGUUAAUGGAUUACUUGGAUGUGAAAAAUACACGCAGUGCAACUGAACCCUCAUCACAGAUCAGCUACACCAGUACAGGAAGUGACUUUGCUGCCUUCUUUGCCAAAAAGAGGUCCCAGAGACCCAAGCAAUCGUUGUUCAAGUUUGAAUCGUCCUCCCAUGCUAUAAGUAUGAGUGCUUACCUGCGGGAACAGAGAAGGGAGCUUUACAGCAAAAGUGGAGAACUACAGGGUGGUGCUGAUGACAACCUUAUUGAAGGAGGAGAGACCAAGUUUGUCUGCAAGCCUGGGGCCAGAAAUAUCACUGUGAUUUUCCAUCCUUUAUUGAGGUUUAUUCAGGAGACGGAACACAACAUGGGAUCUGGGCCAGCCAAGCAGUGCCAGCUGCGAACAUUCCUCACUUAUUACAUCAAUGAUUUCUUCCUCAACCAAGUCCGGAUUGAGAUUAACAAAGAGAUUGAGGCAGUGACCAAGGUGACCAACCCUCUGAAGAUUCUCGCCAGCGCAGACACCAUGAAGGUGCUUGGAGUGCAGCGGCCCCUCCUGCAGAGCACAGUGAUAGUGGAGAAAUCUAUUCAGGACUUGAGGAACCUAAUGCAUGACCUAAGUGCUUACUCCAACCAGUUCCUUGAGAUGGUGUGUGACAAACUAAAAGAGUACAAGGAAAUCUGCAAUACUGCAUACAGUAGGGGUAUUGUUCAGUCUGAGGAGAAGCUGACAAUCAGUGCAUCAUGGGCCAAGGAUGAAGACAUCAGCAGGCUGCUGAAAUCCCUUCCCAACUGGACUAACAUGGCACAGCCCAGACAAGUGAGGCAAAAGAGAGAGGAUGAGGAAGACUUUACCCGGGCUGCCUUUGCAAAGGAGUCGGAGGUGCUGACUGGUAACCUAGGAGACAAGCUGAUUCCUCCAAAUGAAAUUUUGCGUGAUGUCAGCGACCUUAAGGCCUUGGCCAGCCUACACGAGAGCCUGGAGUGGUUAGCAGGGAGGCUCAAAGGCUUCUUCUUCAGCCUGCCAACAGCACAAACUAUGUCUCCAGGUUCUGACUCCCAGGUUAAUUCAGACCACACUCAGAUUCGUGAACAAAUCAUGCAGACUCUCAAUAACCUGACCAGAGCCUUCCAAGAAAUGGCUGACCGCUGCUUACUAGUGCUCCACCUGGAGGUCAGAGUUCAUUGUUUCCAUUAUCUAAUCCCACUGGCUAAACAAGGUAAUUAUGCUAUUGUUGCUAAUGUGGAAAGCAUGGACUACGACCCCCUAGUGGUAAAAUUGAAUAAAGACAUUAGUGCCAUCGAGGAGGUCAUGGGUGCCAGUCUGCAGCAGCACAAGUUCCAGUACAUUUUUGAAGGUCUCGGUCAUUUGAUUUCCUGCAUCCUGAUCAAUGGGGCCCAGUACUUUAAAAGGAUCAGUGAAUCUGGAAUUAAGAAGAUGUGCAGGAAUAUCUUUGUCCUCCAACAGAACUUGACCAACAUAACCAUGUCUCGAGAGGCAGACCUUGAUUUUGCCAGACAAUACUACGAAAUGCUGUAUAACACUGCAGAUGAGCUGCUGAACCUGGUUGUGGACCAAGGAGUGAAAUACACGGAGCUGGAGUACAUCAACGCACUGAGCCUCCUUCAUCGCAGCCAAACUGGGGUGGGAGAUCAGACCGUGCAAAACAUGCGACUGCAGCGCCUGAAGGAGAUCGUCUGUGAACAGGCUGCCAUAAAACAAGCCACUAAAGACAAGAAAAUAACUACUGUGUAACCACACUCUUAGACACUACCCAAUGGCCAUGUAUUCUCAGAGCACUGUUAUGUAAAGCAGAAGUACUAUAUAUGUACCAUGAAUGUGCAGGCUAAUAGUUGGGAAUUAUUAAACAGUACAGUAUAUAUUAAAAAUAGUGAAGAAUUGCUGUUCUUGCAAAGUCAACUUUAUCUCAAGCAGUCAGAGUGCAACUUCUCAUACCGUAACUUACUUAGAGCUUGGGAUUUUAUCAUAUUACUAUUCAAAAAUCUCCACUAAAGAUUUUGUAUAUUCAGUUUCUCCAAUUAUAUAUUUGUGUACUGAUUUAAAGUUGGAAACAUUUUGGAAUGUAAUUUAUAAUGAAUAACACCUUCCCCCAAACCUGGUGCAUCCACUAAAGGGGAAAACACUUUUCUCACAUACCUAAAACUUUCUCUCUUAUAUUUGAAUGUAAUAAGCACUGUGGCUGACUGUAUAGAAAGAAAUGCCACUAAAUCAGCCAACCAGAAUGACUUUUUUUUUUUUUUCAUUUUUAACUAAUAAUAUAAAUUUAUUCUGUUUGUAGUUUCACUACGGCAACUUAUUCACAACAUAAACCCUAGCAAAUUGCAUUUCAGUAUGGCUUGUGUAUGAUCUUUAAAAUUGCCAAACACGAUUUUUUUCGUUGUUUAAAUGUUAUUUAUAUACAGUUCUUAAAAUUGUAGAGGCUAAUACACCAGAAUGACUUUGGAGUAAUAUUAUGGCUUAUAUCUUAAAUCAGUACCACAGUGUUGUCUAGUAAUGUAAUCGUUUUACUUUGAACUUUUAUUUUUGCUACAUUCAGAUACUGGUUUCAAAACAAAGUAACAAGCUAGUCAAGAAUGCAAAGUAGGGUUGUUUUCUGUCAACAUCAUUGCAGCCAGAACUCUGGAAAUAUGAUACUAUUUCAAUUUAGAUUGGACAUCUGCUUAAUACAAAGAAAAAGGUUUGCUAACUGCAGUUCUAGUGGUGUGUAACUUAUCGGGUGAUUUAAAAUGAAUAUGGAGAUGUUGUUAAUACAAACAUAUAUUUUCAUUAUGUACUGUGGAAUGUGUGAAUUAUCCCUGUUUGCACAAAAAAAAAACAUUUAUAUGGCACCUUUUAACGUGACUGAAGCGUUUUACUUUCCAUUAAAUGCACUGUAUUGUGUUCUGUUUAAUAAAGGUGGCUUCUGUUAA